CAGGAUGAGAAUCGGACAGCGAAAAUUACCCUUUUAGGACAAUGCAACAGGAGGGUUAAGCACACGCUAGCGAUCAAAGCGAGGAUGCACUCGUUUGCGUGCCACAGGUAUCCAGAUGGCUUUUGAGCUACAUGAGGACCUGUGGACUUCCACCCGCAGCUGAUGCCCUCUCUAUAGAUCAGCUCAUGCUUCGCCUCCACGAAAACGAUCAAGGCCUCCAGUCCAGAAAUGUGCUCGAGAAGUAUAAAGAAAGAGUGAAAGGAAGGCCACAAUGGCAUACCCCAUCACAACAACAGCCAGCAUCGGAGUCUAACAACAAGUCCAACACCAAUUCUCCCCAUAUUGAUAUCCAAGUCCUCUCUCUUGGUCAACAACCCAAAAUGUCCCUCACCAUCCGCAAAGUCCUCAUCCCAACCCACGGCGACCCCUCCGUCGUCACCCUCACAACCUCCACGCUCCCCAACCCCUCCUCAUCAGAAGUCCAACUCAAAACCCUCUACUCCAGCAUGGGCGGCAGCGACAUCCUCAUGCGGCAGGGCAUCUACCCUUUGCAACAAAAAGCGCCCUUGACCCCAGGCUACACGCUUAUCGGGCGCGUCUACAAAAACGGGUCUCGCGCUAAAAAGUUCAACGAGGGGACGCUGGUCGCGUGUCUCUGCGUAUACAAUGGCCAGGCUACGUAUAGUAAUCAACCCGAGAAACAUCUAGUGAGAGUGCCGGAAGGAGUGGAUUUACAGCAGGCAGUCGCGCUGGUGCUGGAUUGGAGUACGGCGUAUGGACUUGCGUACCGUGGUGCAGAGAUUACGCCGGGGAAGAGGGUGUUCAUACAUGGGUUGAGUGGGAGCGUAGGGUACGCGCUGCUGACGUUUUGUAAGAAGCAAGGCGCGAGUGUGUAUGGUACGGCUGCGGCGCAUAAUCAUGCUGCGGUGCGGGAAGCUGGCGCCACACCGUUUGUGUACACGGAUAAAGAGUGGAUGGGCGUUAUGAAGGCCAUGGGCGGCGCGCAUGUCGUGUACGAUGCGCUGGGAUUUGCGUCGUGGGAUGAGAGUUGGAGUAUUUUGUCCUCUGACGAGGGCCAUCUGGUGGGCUAUGGCGGGAAUCUAAAUUCGCUGAAUGGAGAUAAGCCGCGGGGCAAUAAAUUGCAGAUUGCGAAGUUGCUGGCCAAGGGGAUGGUGCCGUUUUGUCCAUAUAGGACGUCUUUUUUCUAUAUUGAUAGGGAUCAGAAGACGUAUAAGCCGAAUUUGGAGGCGUUGUUUGAGAUGCUGGCCAAAGGGGAGAUUAAGGUGCCGGUUAGGAAGGUGUGGAGGUUGGAGGAGGUGCCUGAGGCGCAUCGGGUUUGGGCAAAGGGGCCAGGAGUUGGGGUUGUUGUGGUGAAGGUGGCGGAGGAUGGGAUGUAGGUUGGGAUAAGUAACGAUAUACCAAUGCAGACAUUG